AUGAAUAAAAUAGAAUGUGUGGUUAUUGGUGACGGAACUGUGGGGAAAACGUGUUUACUGAAGGCAUACACGACGAAUACAUUUAUUAAAGAGUAUAUCACAACUGUAUUCGAUAAUUAUAGCACUUCAGUUAUGUUUAAUGGUGAAGCAUACACACUGAGUCUGUCCGACACAACAGGACCAGAAAAUCACGCCAAGCUACAACAAUUGAGUUAUUCACAAGCCGAUGUUUUUCUUGUUUGUUUUUCUGUUGUUUUACCGUCAUCAUUUGAAAAUGUCGAAAUCAAGUGGGUUCCUGAAAUACGAGAAUAUUGUUCACAUACACCAUUUCUAUUGGUCGGGACAAAAACUGACUUACGCAACGAUGUCGAUACUGUUGAAAAGCUGCAACGUUGCGGACAGCAACCAAUCACACCAGAAAUUGCGAAGAAAAAAGCCAAAGAUCUCAAUGCAGUGAAAUAUAUUGAAUGUUCAGCUUUUACACAGCAAGGACUUCAGCAUGUGUUUAAUGGUGCUAUUGCGGCAACUCUGAAAUUACGAAAAAAAAGACAAAAACAGAAAUGCAGAAUCAUAUAA